AGACUUUGUACAUGCGCCUUGAUAACGGAUUUAGAUACAAUUUUAGUAAAUAAACAAAAGUGAUUAUCGUGUAUAUGUGGAGAUGGCCUCUUCUCAGUUUUUAUUGUCAAUUUUUGUGAUAUUUUCUUUACUCUUAGAGGUUUUCAGUAACCCACGUGUGCGAAGGGAAACAGCUAUAACACUAUGGCCAGAUGGAAUAAUCCCGUAUGCUAUACCUGCUUCUCAAUAUACCGAAGAGCAACAGAAAAAGAUACGGGUUGCUAUGAACAGAUGGGAGGAGGUCACGUGUAUUCAGUUUGUACCAUAUACGGAAGAAUUGCGAAAACAAAUGGGCGUCAAACGAUAUAUUGAAUUUUAUCUUGGGUCAACAUGUUUCUCUAAGAUUGGACUUGCUAGUAGACAACCACAAACAAUUGGCAUCAGUCUCGGUUGUUUUGAUACAGUUUCUUUAUGCCAUGAAAUUGGUCAUGCCAUUGGCCAUAUCCAUACACAGCGACGAGCGGAUAGAGAUGGUUACGUUAUAGUCCACUAUGAUAAUAUCAACGUACCUUCCUUCUUUCAGUUCGAAACGACUGUGAUGCGUAGAACUCCCUAUGAUUUAUUCGGAACGGUGUAUGACUAUGCCAGCGUCAUGCAUUAUAAACCAAAGACUUGGUCAAAUAAUGGACAAGUAGUAUUGGAAACCAGAGACCCGGCUUAUCAAUCUGCCAUUGGUCGAGCAACAAAAAUAAGCUUCUAUGAUGCAAUGUGGGUUAACAGAGCGUAUAGGUGUAAUGAGCAAUGCGACAAAUCUAAGCGAUGUCUAAACGGAGGUUAUAUAGGUGGUAACACCUGCAAGUGUAUAUGUCCGGAUGGCUUUAUAGGCUACCAUUGUGAAGCACCGUUACCUGGAUACCAAAAAAUAAUAACUUGGAGAUGUCCAGGAGGGUGGAUAUUUGCUAAUGGUCGUUGUUACAGACUUUAUUCUAAUAUUUACAUCACGUACGACGCAGCUUUAAAUUUCUGUACAAAUCAGAGAGCAACUCAUGUAACAUUUGAAACCGGGGUCGAAAGGGACUGGGUGGUGAAUAUGCUUGAAGAAAUGAAGUUUACUGACGACACCAAAAGUAUCUGGUUAGGAGUCAAGCGAACUGCCAGUGAAUGGUUAAACAGUCAACCUUAUUACCAAUGGCUUGAUGGCCAAGCAUACAAUGAUUCCCUAAUGCCAAUUCACGAUCUCGGUACAGAGGAAGGAGAUAAUUGUGGGUCCACUGACGGUCAGUUCCUGUCAAUUGGGCCUUGUUCAAAGAAUUCGAACAGAGGUUUCAUCUGCAUGAAGGAUUUUGACACAGCAUGCGGUGGCAGGUUUCGCCUUAGAAAAAAGGAACAGUAUAUUACCUCCCCUGGAUAUCCCAAUGAAUACACAGACAGCAUGGAAUGUCAAUAUGUUAUACAGACAAGGCGAGACAGACGGAUAGAAGUAACAUUUGAGGUUUUUGAACUGGACGUAACAAGUGGUUGUAAAGACGAUUAUGUUCUAGUACAAAAAUCAAACAGUGCAUUAGAUACAGGAAAGAAAUAUUGCGGCGAAGGACUGCGAAACAAAACAUUGAUUUCCGAUGGCAAUCUUAUGAUCCUCACCUUCAUAUCAGACAUGCGCACAUCUGGUAUAGGAUUCAAAGCCAAAGUAAAGGCAAUACCACCGAGGUAUGGAGCUGGACGAGGAGAUCCGACAAACUUUCUUGGUUCUUUCUAUUCGGUUUUCUCUUCAAACAACGAACAGACCCAAUCUAAUUCCUAUCUUGAAAGUGCGUGGAAUAUAUUUAGAAAUAUGGACCUCUCAAAUAUUCUUCGAUAAAAGAAGGAAAAAGACGUUUGUGUUGCAGUUCCAACAAACAUUGCUGUGACAAUGCUUUUUCAACAUUUAGCUCUUUCCAGAAAACUUCUAAAUUUGACUCUAAAAUUAUACGAAACAGAUUUUUCCUGUUAAUUUUCAUUUCAUGUAUGCUUUAUAUAAGUGUCUUCUUUUCUUUCAAUUGCAUAAUUCUCAUGACUUAAGGGAAAUAUAAGAUGAAGCUUUUUGAUAUUGAAUUUACAUUUUCUCACAUUUUUUUCUACAUUUGAGUGAUCUUGUAUUUCUUUUUAAAAUUGAAUUUUGAAUCACAAUUUCAAAUCUAAAAGUUUCGAAAAUGACUUUCUGGAAAUAUGUGUACUGAUGCCAGUUUCUUCUAUAUGAGAUUAUUUUAUGUUUCUAUUAAUACAAAAUGUAUUAUGUAUAAAAUUAAAUGUAUAUAUUUGAGUGUUAA